CCAGAGUGUGACCGUCUGUUCUCUACACUUCAGACCUCAACUUUUCCGGUCAUCUGUGGAGCUGCUGUUGUCCUGAUCACAACAAAAAGACACUUCGCGUUUGGUUUCCGUUUAUAAUUUCAGUAUAAAUGGCAAAUAAACAGUGCAGUGUGCUGCUGUCUGUUCACCCGUCCCGAGCUCUUGUGGAUGAGAAGUUUAAAGUGCUGGUCCAAAAUGCUUCUCCUGGGGCUGAGCUGACAGUGCACUCCCAUCUCCUCAGUGAAGACAAACACAACUGGGAGGCGUUCGGACACUACAUCUGUGAUAGCACCGGGUCAGUCAACUUGUGUGAGGACCUCAGUCUGGGUGGGACAUAUGAAGGGGUGGAACCAAUGGGAUUAUUGUGGAGCCUCAGACCGGUGCCAGGAAGCAAACCUGGACUCAGGCUGAGGAAGUCCAAUGUGGAGACCCCUCUGAAGGUGACUGUCUCGGUGUACCAGGGCCACCUGACAGAGGGCUUCCCCGAGCACAGAGCUCUGGCUGCUGUGCUGGUGGAGCGCUGGUACAUGGCUCCUGGAGUCCAGAGGAUCCCAGUUACAGAGCACAACCUCACUGCUACACUCUUCCUCCCUCCAGGACCCGGUCCGUUCCCUGCCGUCCUGGACCUCUGGGGAGGAGGUGGAAAUCUAGUGGAGUAUAGAUCGUCUUUACUGGCCUCACAUGGGUUUGCGGCUCUGGCCCUGGAUUACCUGACCAAUGACCUCACAAUCACAACUGGAAAAAUGAUGAAGAAUGACUACUUUGAGACUGCCUAUAAGUUUCUGGAGCAGCAUCCUCAGAUUGUGGGCAGCAGGAUUGCCAUGUGGGGCCUGUCUUUAGGUACAGCUAUGACUUUAAAAAUGGCCGCAUACUCCAAGGUCAUGAAGCUUAGAUGUGCAGUGUGUUACAGCGGAAGUCACAUUCAGCCAGUCAACGGCAGCACUGAAGAGAUUCUGAACAAUUUUUUAAAAAAUCAAGACAAAACCCGCAUCAAUGAGAAGCAGGAAAUGAUAUGGCAUGACUUGAUCCUGCCAAUCCCCGAAGACCCUGCACUCAAAGUGGAUAUGGGACGUGUACAGUGCCCCCUGUUGUUAGUGGUGGGUCAGGAUGAUCAGAACUGGCCCGCUUUUGUAUCUGCUAUGGAUAUAAAGAAGAUGAUGGAGAAAGCUGGAAACAUUCACCUGCUCACUCUGCUCGUGUAUCCCGACACUGGGCAUCUGAUCGAGCCUCCGUACUCUCCACACACACGGGCCAGCACUUUCCGAUCGUUUGAAAGCAGAGAAUUGUACACAUCACUGUGGGGCGGGCAGACUGUGGGCCACGCUCGCGCUCAGGAGGACUCGUGGAGGAAGUCUCUUAUGUUUCUGAGAGAACAUCUGUAUGGCAGGAGAAAAAAAUCUAAUCUGUGA